AUGGAUUUAGUAGAGUGGAUCCGACACUUUAGUUUAUUUGAAGAGAAUCUUGGAAUUGAUUUUCAUGUUGGAGACACACAUUUCGUCACAUUUCGCAUUCCAACUAUUCGGAACACUCUUCCAAAAUUACGAGGCAUCAGUAUAACCUUUUCGAAAGAUGAACCUGACGAGAGCGACAUUAUAAACGCACAAAACCUUUUGAGAGCGUUUCUCUCCAAUAUUCGAUGCCUGGAACUGCUCAGUGUCCCUCUUCAAGAAAACCUUUCCCUUCAACACAUCGGAAUAGCAAAUUUGGAAGUGUUGUAUUUAGAAUAUCAAAGCAAUGUGAGAUUCGUCGAUCUUUGUUCGUGGAACGUUGAAAAAUGCAUCAUCGCGAAAAAGGGUGAUCAAAUGUCGCUUGUCGAUUUGAAUCGUUUUUUCAAACUGUGGAUUAAAGGAUCCAAUCCAAAGUUGAACGAACUGUUUAUUGAAUGGGAGACGGAAAUCAUUCCAGACUGGAAUGUCCUGUUGAAAGGAUUGAAAAUAGAAAAAGAAAUUGAAGAUCAAGAAGAGGAAGCAAAAUAUUUCACAAUCCGAAAUAGCCGUGAUAUUUGCGCUGAAAUCAAAGUCUGUCAUUCCGAAGACACCGCUAGUGUCGAAAUGAAUUGUCCCAAUCCAGUCAAUUAA